GCCACAGCCUGGAGUUCAAGCAGCUUGUCACAGUGUUGUGCAAGAUUUAGUUGUCGCCGACCGUCAAUUAAAAACCAUCAACAUGAUUAUUGUAGUUGAAGAUAAGGAAGGCUUCUUGAAGGCUCUGGAGAAUGCUGGAGACAAGCUGGUGGUGGUGGACUUCACCGCCACCUGGUGUGGUCCCUGCAAGAACAUUGCACCCUUCUUUAAAGAACUGUCGGAAAAACCUGAGAACCAGAACGUUGUGUUCCUCAAGGUGGACGUGGACGACGCAGCGGAUGUGGCCCAACACUGUGAAAUCAAAUGCAUGCCGACAUUCCAUUUCUACAAACAGGGCAAAAAGGUGCAUGAUUUCUCUGGAGCCAACCAAGAUACACUGGCGGAGAAGAUUAAACAACUUAGGUGUUGAGGCUCACACUGAGCUAACACUAUUAAAAACAACUAACCCUCUCUAGAACACACUUACUCCAUUGGAAGGAAAUUCCACCAUGUUCCAGUUCCUCAACAUUCCCUCAUAUGUACAAUAAAACAUCCAGUUUUGAUUCAAAACCGCAAUAAAACAUCUAAAAGACCAAACCUCUAGGUCCAAGUUUGACUAUGUGAUGUAAGGUUAGGAGGUCCACAGACCAUGUAAUGGACUUUGUCGUUAGUUAUUUUUUAAAAGUGGUGGAAGACGUCAAUAAAGUCAGAUGAUUAAUGCUG